AUGGCGGUGUUCGAACCUGCUUCUUUCCUCUUGGUGUUACACAUCUCUGCAUCCCAAGCUGCUAGUUCAGGAGGUCCUACAGAAUGCUCCAGGCUAUUUAUCCGAUAUCAUGAGCAAGUUUCAUACAACAAGGCUGCCUUGGAUCAAGAGUUCUGGAGGGCCCAGAGGGCCACCAAUGGAUGGGAAGAGCCAGUCCAUCUCGAUUUUCAAGCAUAUCAAAGGACCUUCAAACUCAGCCUGAAACAUGACAACAGCAUCUUCUCGAAAGACUUCCAACUCAAUGGGAUGAGGCAUACUGACUCUUUCAAUGUGUCUUUCUUUUAUUCUGGAAAGCUAAGAGAUGAACCAGGCUCUUCCUGCCAUGGUUCCAUCAUUGAUGGUCUCUUUGAAGGCAUCAUCCACACUAAAGAUGGCACCUACUACGUGGAGCUGGCAAGAGCAUCUUCUGGUAAUGAAACCAGGCCAAGCCUUCCGAUCAUUUACCACCAACGGGAGAUAGAUUAUACCCUUUUAAACAACACAAACUGUCCUUCCUUGGCCUUAAAGAUGCAUCCAUUUUGGCAUCUUCAGCCUCCAGAGCUCAAGCUGAAGGAGGAGAAAACAUCCCCAAGACAGAGAAGGAGUCUUGAUUACUCCAGGACAUCUUGUCUCAUGCACUUCAAAGCUGACUUUUUAUUUUACAGAAGAUUUGGAAGCUUAGAAUCCGUGGUUGCUCAGAUUGCUAGCUACGUAAAAGCUGUGAAUGCCAUUUAUGAAAGGGCUGAUUUUGGAGGCAUCAAAUACAUAGACUUCAAAGUGAAAAGCUUGCACGUUGUACAAGAAGAUGACCCCACAAGUUCCAUGUACUCACGCUUCAUUGGUCCAGAGAAGCUCCUGAUGCUGCAUGCUCGGUCCAACUGGGAUGGUUACUGCUUGUCUUACCUCCUGACAGACAGAGACUAUAGUGGAAUCCUUGGAAUUGCCUUUAAUGGCCAAGCUGGGGACCUGGGUGGCAUUUGCUCCAAGCAUAGGAAGUUCCAAGGCACACUGAGGUCUUUGAACACAGGGCUGAUCACAAUUCAGAAGUAUGGCCAUUAUCUUCCACCCCGCAUCGUCCACAUUGCACUGGCCCAUGAGCUGGGUCACAGUUUAGGGGCCCCUCAUGAUGAGAGCCAGCAGUGUGCCCCCUUCAGCAUGGACACUACCCAUGGGAACUUCCUGAUGUUUGACUAUGCCACAGACGGGGACCAGCCCAACAAUGACAGAUUCUCUCCCUGCAGCACAGCCUUCAUCAGGAAGACUCUCAGAGCCAAGAAGGACCAGUGUUUUGUGGAAAGUGACCGGCCCAUCUGUGGAAACCAAGUGCUGGACCCGGGAGAGGAGUGCGACUCGGGGAGCGAGCCCAAAGAUCCUUGCUGCUACGCUGCCAACGAGACAGAAGGGCUCCGCUGCCAGCUGAAGGGGGGAGCACAGUGCAGUCCCAGCCAAGGCCCCUGCUGUGGCCCAGAUUGCAAGUAUUUCUCAUGGGGAAAGCUGUGCCAAGCAGAGACGGAGUGCCUGUUGGGGAGCACCUGUCUGGGAAAUGCAGCCCACUGCCCUGCCCCAGUACCCAAGGCCAACUUUACUCCAUGCCUCUCAGGAGCUCAGAUCUGCCUCGAUGGGAGCUGCAGGGGCUCCCUAUGCCUCAGCCAUCACUUGGAACCCUGUGAAUGCGUCAGCAGCUCCCCAUGGGAACAGUGCCAUCUUUGCUGCCAGAAGCCAGGCCGGCCCAACACCUGUGCCAGCACCACAUCCUCCCUGCUGAAGGCAGAGUUCAAUGGCACCCGGCUCCCACUUUCCCCAGGGACACCAUGCAAAGGCCACAGGGGCUACUGCGACAAGUUCCACAUCUGCAGACUGGUGGAUGAGGAUGGGCCAAUGGCCAGAGUGAAGAAUGCCAUCGUGGGCUUCAUUGAGCUGGAGGACAUGAGUGCCUGGAUGAAGACUCGCUGGUGGGCCAUUCUGCUGGCUAUCUUGACUGUGGCAGCAAUGAUGUCCUUCACUGUAUUCUUCUUUGAAAGGACUGAGGACAGUAAGCAAGGAAUAAAAAUGACGAGUGGUGCCAUGGGCUUGGACAGACCACAGCCCCACCUGACUGUGACCCAUUGGGAGUGGUCUGAGUUCUAUGUUGAGACCACUUGUCUGGAGGAGACAAGGAUCGAGAAGGUCACAGUGGGUCACUGAACCUUACCUUGCACCAGGGUGCUUCCUUGCAGUGGAACGAUAAUCUCAUUGUCUCAUCAAGGAAGGAAACAAAUAUUUAUUUGUGGCUAUUAGAAUCAAAGCAGUAUGGCAUAGUGGAAAAAAAAGCAGGAGGUUUGGGUUAGGUUGGUGACCUGGGUUCAAGUCUCUUCUUUGGUACUUACUAGAUCUGAGUUCCUAGGUUAAUCAUUUAAAAUUUCCCAAGCCUUAGUUUCUGGACUUGUAAAAUAAGGGGUGUGGACUCUGGUCCCCACGGAUAUAACCAGUUUCAGCAUCUCCUGAAAUUCUCUACGUGUGUUUGAAGUCUGUUCUUUUCCUUUGGUCUCCCCCAAAGUGCCCUUUAAUUCUACCAGUAUAAGCAGAGGUCGGCAAUGUAUGG